AUGACGAGAUGUCGAGUUUCAAGCGACACCGCAAAGGGGUCCAGUUCCAAUUUCGAUAAAGAAAAGUUAAUUGCAUUUUUGAACAGACUAUCAUAUUCUUUAGAUUCUAGAUUUAUCAUAAUAAAUGAAAUAGUUGAUACAGUUGAGCUAGGACUUCCGGAGAAGGUCAGCGUGAGCCAGCUUUUUGACUUAACUGCUGAGGUGAUUGCCUCAAAAGUCAUUUAUCAUCCUGAUUUUGCCACUUUGGCGGGUCGAGUAGAAGCUGCCAGAUUACAGAAAAAAAUACGAUUAAGUUUUAGCAAAAAUGUGGAAAGGUUACAUAAUAACAGUUUUGAAGGUGGAAAUAGAGGGAAAACACCUAUUUCGGAUUCAUUCUACGAAACAGUCAUGAAAAAUCGUGAUUUUCUCGACAAAAUUAUAGUAAGUGAUCGUGAUUUCGAGUUGUCUUACUUUGGGAUAAAGACUCUUCAAAAAUCUUAUUUGUUACGACUAGGGGAAGAAGUGGCAGAAACUCCUCAAUACAUGUUUUUGAGAGUUGCAGUGGGUAUUCAUUGUGACAACCUAAAUGACAUUGUGGAAACAUAUGAUCUUAUGUCUAAAAAGUACUUUAUUCAUGCUUCACCAACAUUGUAUAACUCAGGCACAGUAAAGAACUAUUUAUCAUCUUGUUUUUUGGUAGCAAUGGACGAUGAUUCAAUAGAUGGUAUUUAUAAAACAUUGCACAAAGUUGCAUUGAUAUCAAAGGCAUCGGGUGGAGUUGGUUUACAUGUUUCCAACAUUAGAGCAAGUGGGUCACAUAUAUCAUCUUCGAAUGGAAUAUCAAGUGGACUAGUUCCAAUGCUCAGAGUGUUCAACAAUACUGCCAAGUACGUAGAUCAAGGCGGUAAUAAAAGACCAGGGGCAUUUGCCAUAUAUUUGGAACCGUGGCAUGGGGACAUUUUUGAAUUUUUGAACUUAAAAAAGAAUCAUGGGAAAGAAGAAAUGAGAGCGAGAGAUCUCUUCUAUGGAUUAUGGAUACCCGAUCUUUUCAUGAAACGAGUGAAGAACAAUAGUACGUGGUCAUUGUUUUCUCCGGAUGUUGCUCCCAAUUUAGCUGAUAAUUAUGGAAAAGACUUUGAUGAUUUGUAUGAAAAGUAUGAGAAAGAAGGUUUGGCUAUGAGGACUGUGAGUGCCCAAAAAUUGUGGCUUGCUAUUUUAGAGGCACAGAUUGAAACAGGCGUACCUUACAUCUUAUUCAAAGAUUCUUGUAAUAUUAAAUCUAAUCAAAAAAAUUUAGGAACGAUAAAAUCCUCCAACUUGUGCUGUGAAAUUGUUCAAUAUUCGUCACCGGAAGAGACCGCCGUUUGUAACUUGGGUUCAUUGGCAUUGCCGAGUUUUGUGGAAUGCAAUAAAGAAGAAAAUGUUUCGACUUUUAAUUUUGAAAAGUUGCAUUCAGUGACAAAAGUUUUGACAAAAAAUUUAGAUAAAAUCAUAGAUGUAACGAGAUAUCCGGUGGAAAGUACUGAGAAAUCCAAUAAACGAAAUCGGCCCAUUGCAAUUGGAGUUCAAGGUCUAGCUGAUUUGUUUUUGCAGCUUCGUCUUCCGUUUGAUAGUCAAAUGGCUCGAAAAUUGAACAUUCAGAUAUUUGAGACUAUCUACCAUGCAUCAGUUGAGGCAUCAAUGGAACUUGCGCAGAAAUAUGGCCCUUAUGAGACAUUUCAAGGAUCCCCCGCUUCCGAGGGUAGCUUACAAUUCGAUUUAUGGAGCCAUAAACCAUCAAAUCUUUUCGGUGAUUGGGACGCGUUGAAGGCAUCAGUGAAGAGAUUUGGUAUUCGAAACUCGUUGUUAGUAGGACCCAUGCCGACUGCCUCUACUUCUCAAAUAUUGGGUUUUAAUGAAUGCUUCGAGCCAUAUACAUCAAAUAUCUAUAAUAGGAGAGUUUUAUCGGGAGAGUAUCAAGUGGUUAAUAAAUAUUUGUUAAAUGACUUAAUUGACUUAGGGCUUUGGAAUUCUGCUAUGAGGAAUCGUUUGAUCUUAGAAAAUGGCUCGAUUCAAAACAUUCCUAGUAUUCCUGAGGAGUUAAAAGCCUUGUACAAGACAGUAUGGGAAAUCAGCCAGAAGACUAUUAUAGACAUGGCCUCCGAAAGGGGAAAGUUUAUCGACCAAUCUCAGAGUAUGAACAUUUUCUUGCAGAAUCCAACUCUUGGUAAAUUAACGAGUGCGCAUUUUUAUUCUUGGGAGAAAGGUUUGAAGACUGGAAUGUAUUAUUUAAGGACUCAAGCAGCUUCGAAGGCUAUUCAAUUCACAGUUGACUUUGAUGAAGCCAAAAAAGUUGAUGCAGAAGUUGCUCCAGAGUUUACUUUAAAAAGAAAUAGAUAUGUGGAAAAAGAUGAUUAUGAAACUGAUAAAGACGAGUUUGCAGCGUCCACUAAAAAGGUUAAGAGAAAUGCUCCGUCUUGUCCGACGCCGGUUUCUCUGUCAAAUUCGCCUUUUGAAAGCCCAAAUCCUAUAAAAAAAAUUGACAUUUACGAUAAUAAGCUCUUGUGCGUCAUGAAGUCGGAUAUUGAAAAUAAUUGUGACUCUUGCUCUGGCUAG